AUGGAACUUCCACAAUUCUUUCUUCUUACUGUCUCUUUCAUUUUCAUUUGUAUUGGAGUUUGGUUGUUCUUUAAAAUUAAGGCACUCCAACCAACUCAGCCUCUACAACAUCCUCAUAAAAAGAAGUUCAAUCGAUGCACUGACUUUAGGGUUAUUAGAAAAGAAAUAUGGCGUGCUUUCCAAAAACAUUAUAAACCCCUUAUUAUUCAAGCAUCAAGUCUUCAACGUAGAAAGAAAGAAUUAAAUGACCGUAUGAUGAAGGGUGAGAAUUGUCAGGCAGAAAUUGACCAACUUAAACAAGAUAUUCAGAAAUGGUCAAAUAGAAGAGAUGGAGCAGCCGAACAUGUUUUCAAAAAGGCUAAUUCAUUUAUUCCUGUUCAAGAUAAAAUGGAUUUACAUGGUCUUUUUGUUGGAGAUGCAUUAAAAAUUGUACAAAGAAAGUUACCUAGUCUUAAGAAAAAUAAAGAUAUCCAUACAAUGAGAAUUAGUUGUGGAGUAGGUAAUCAUAAUGGUUUAGGAUAUUCAAAGAUAGGAAGAGCAUUAAGUAAAAUGUUAAAGAAAAAUAAUAUUCAAUUUUGGGUUGAUCAUAAAAUUGGGUUUGUUAAUGUUAAUAUGAAAAGUGUUCCUGAUAAAAUUGAAUAUGAAAUUACAACAAUCAAGAUAGAAGAUCAUAUAGAUGAAAUGACAUUAGAAGACAAAGAAAUUAAUUUUGGGAAUGAAGAAAAUGAAGAUAAUUCAAAUGAAUAA